GGUAUCAGGAACCAGCGAUGUCUCUCGCUCGCAGUUCACGAGAAGCCGAGAGUAGGCGAAGGGGGAAAUACGCUCACGAGAUAAUGAAGGCAGACUGUCCGCUCAACUCACCGUGUUAUCUUCUUAUGUAACACCGUAAAAAAGCUCACCGAUAAAUGUGAUUUGGCCGUCCCCACCAUGUCCAGAAGUGGGUGGUCGAGGCGUUCAAGAUCGGGGACAUCUCCGGGCCUGAGUGAGCCCCCUCAGGGUCCUGGCAUCCAUGUUUACCUGUUCUGGUCAAAGGAAGGGGAGAGAUAUUUGUCCCACACAAGUGGGAGAGUCACAGCAGAGGAGCUGUGCAUCUCGGCUGCAGAGGCAGUAGGGAUAACUCCUCUGUGCCAUGUGUUGUUCGCUCUGUACAAUCCACAAUUACGCUGCUGGUACAGCCCUAACCACGACUUCAGCCAAGACAACUCAAGCCACAUACUUCACUACUGUAUGAGGUUUUACUUUCGGAACUGGCAUGGACUAAAUAAGGAGCCAAAGGUAUCCCGUUAUGCUCUCAGAUCUGGAACAAAUCCGGAGGGUUCUCCUCUGCUUGAAAUCACAUCCUUAGAAUACUUGUUCCACCAGGCUAAAUAUGAAUUUGUGAACGAAGUAAUAGAGAUGGAAGAAGUUCAGACAGAGGAAGAGCUGAGCAGCUUUAAGAAUGAGAGCUUGGGGAUGGCUGUGCUUCAGCUCUCACACCAGGCGAUGCAAACCGGCAGUACCUUACAAGACGUUGCAGAAAAAGUCAGCUUCUUGGGCUGCAUUCCAAGGUCUUUCGCCAAACACAUUUCCAGAGACAACUUCCUGACAAAAAUCAGGAUCCGGAGGGUGUUUGGGGAGUUUGUGCGGACCUUCCAGCAACACACUGUGGACACGGGGCGGCUGGGCCUCCAUGAGAUUAUGUAUAAAUACAUAUCUACUCUCGAACACUUGGCCCCACGCUUUGGAACAGAGACCUUUGCUGUGUCUCAUCUGGAGCUGAGAGAGGAUGGGGAUGAAAGCAGCUCCUACUCCAACUCCAACCAUGCGCAGGGUGCCUCCAAGGACAACUUCAAAGGCCCCCCCACACAUGAGAUAAUGGUGUCCGGCACCAAGGGGCUUCAAUGGAGGGAUUUGUCGGGUCAGAAGGCGCAGGCAAACCCUUACAUGAGGAAUGACUACAUGAAGAAAACAAAACAGCAGUCGAGCCAACAGAACGCAAACACUCCCAACAAAUGGACCUUCUUCUGUGAUUUCCCUGAAAUAACUCACAUAGCCAUCACUGAAGAUAGAGUGUGCAUUAGCACUCAGGACAACCACUGCAUGGAGGUUCAGAUGAACUCCAGCCAGGAGGCCCGUUCCUUCAUCUCCCUCCUAGAUGGAUACAACCGGCUGACUGCUUUCGCCCACAACUAUCUUUGUCUUGAAGUGGCUCCCCCAAGGGUAGUGCUGAGUAUAGCAAAUGGACUGCAUGGACCGAUGCAUGACGAUUUUGUGCUGCUGAAGCUUAAAAAGGAGGCAGCGGAGGAGGGAGCUUUCCUCGUACGUUGGAGUGGCCUCGACUAUCACCGCAUCAUCCUCGCUGUCCUGAACAAAAAUGGGAAUGGAUCAAAGCCAAGCCACAAGCAGUUUCGGAUUCAGCUCAAGGGUUCGAAGUUCUGUCUGGAAGGCUGGGAUCGAGAAUUUUCCAGCGUGAAGGAGCUCACAGAAAGCCUGAAGACCUUUGUACUUAAAUCUGGUUCAGACAGCUUUACUGUCAAAAGAUGCUGUUGGCCAAAACAAGCAGAGCUGUCCAACCUCCUGGUGAUGAGGCAAGGUGUUCACACUGAAACCAUGAACCUGAACUCCCUCAACCAAGUACGCUUCCACCAGAUAAAGGACAGAGACAUUGUACAGAAACAGCAUUUGGGCCGUGGGACAAGAACUAACAUCUACUCAGGAACUCUGAUGGUGCAAGGUGGAGGAGAAAAUGAUAUGGAUGAUGAGUCCAACAACAACCUAAAUGACCGCAAAGGGAUCCCAGUGGUUCUUAAGAUCCUUGACCAAAGCGACAAAGAUAUUGAUAUAGGAUUUUUGGAAACUGCAAGUCUCAUGAGCCAGGUGUCCCACAGUCAUCUGGUGUUUGUACAUGGCGUGUCAGUCAAAGGAUCUGAAAACAUCAUGGUGGAAGAAUUUGUGGAGUUCGGGCCUCUCGACGUUUUUCUUCGCAAAGAAAAGGCAUCUGUGACUCCUCAGUGGAAAUUCAUUGUUGCAAAACAACUUGCCAGUGCCCUCAAUUAUCUUGAGGCCAAACGGCUGGUUCAUGGAAACGUCUGUGCCAAGAACAUCCUGGUUGCGAGGCGUGGUUUGGAGCAUGGCACGACUCCUUUCGUCAAGCUGAGUGACCCAGGAAUCGCCUUUAGUGUCCUUUCACGGGAAGAGCGUCUUGAGCGUAUUCCAUGGAUCGCCCCUGAAUGUGUUGAUAGCGGUGCACUCAUUGGCAAUGCUGCUGACCAGUGGAGCUUUGGUGUUACUCUGCUUGAAAUCUGCAACAAUGGCGACCUUCCCAUGAGUGGCAGCACUUUGUCCGAGAAAGAGCGCUUUUAUCAGCAAAAGGGCCGUUUGGCUGAACCGUCCUCCCAAGAACUGGCCAGCUUCAUCAGCAUGUGUCUGACCUACGAACCGAUGGAGAGGCCUUCGUUCCUCACUGUGCUCAGAGAGCUCACAGAAAUCAUGAUCAAAAAUCCAGAUAUAUCCCCCAGUGAAACUCUCCCUGACACAGACCCGAGUGUGUUCCAUAAGCGCUACCUGAAAAUGAUGCGGGUUUUGGGAGAGGGUCACUUUGGAAAGGUGACUCUCUACUUGUACGACCCGGCCAACGAUGGGACAGGGGAGCGUGUGGCGGUGAAGGCUUUGAAACAAGAGAACGGUCAUGUGCCUGAGGGCUGGAUGAAAGAGAUCGAGAUCCUGAAGUCCCUCUAUCACAGCAACAUCGUCAAGUACAAAGGCUGUUGCACUGAACUGGGCGGACAAGUGGUGCAGCUGAUCAUGGAGUACCUUCCUCUGGGGAGUUUGAAAGAGUACCUUCCCAAACGGAAACUGGGAGUGCCUCAGUGCCUAAUGUUUGCUCAGCAGAUCUGUCAGGGUAUGGAGUACUUGCACUCGAAGCGCUACAUCCAUCGAGACCUGGCUGCCCGUAAUGUCUUGGUGGAAAAUGACAGUGUGGUGAAGAUCGGAGACUUUGGCCUGACAAAAUACAUCCCUGAAGGCGAGAUAUACUAUCGUGUCCGUGAGGAUGGGGACAGUCCAGUGUUCUGGUAUGCCAUUGAGUGCUUGAAGGAGAGUAAGUUUUCCUUUUCCUCUGACAUUUGGUCCUUCGGCAUCACGUUGUAUGAGAUCCUGACCCGCUGUGAACAUCGCCAAAGCCCUCCAAUAAAGUUCUUUGAAAUGAUGGAGGGAGCCCAGGGACAGAUGACUGUGAUGGUACUCAUAAAACUGUUGGAGAAAAACAUGCGAUUGCCUCGUCCCAAAGACUGCCCACUUGAGGUGAAGACGCUUAUGGAGCAGUGUUGGGCUGCAGAUCCUGCACAACGCCCAUCAUUCAGAUCACUCAUCGAAAAGUUUGAGGCUAUUCGCCAAACGUACGCCUGGCAGUCUAAUAUAAACUUUUCCUCAGCUCAGAUUUGCUGAUCAGGACUCUGAAAUCCAUCAACAUGUCAUCACUUUGCCACUGUAUCCAUCAUAUAUGACAAUGUAGCCAGUGAUUUGUUUCCUGCUGUGCAAUGCCUGCCAUAUCCACUUUGUCUCCAUACUGUAGAUUUCUUUUUGAUAAAAAGCACACUGCUGUCCCCUCAUAUGUGAUAUUAACACAAUGAUGCACUCAAUUGGUGUGAUGCAUCGGGCAGUCAGCCACUAAGUGUCAGCUUUUGUUUAAAAAAGUUAUAGGUUUGCAUGUAUCACAGCAAGUAUUAAGAAUCUGUCUAAGGUUGGGGGAUUACUAUAUUUCAUUUUGUGUUUAAUGUCUGUAUAUUUUCUCAGUGUAUGUUAACUGUGCGUUUCAUUUUAUAUAACUCAAAAGAACAAGUUCAUAAUCUAAUCAACCAUUUUUUUCACAUGCUCUUUUAUUAAAGACUGAAACAGA